AUGAGGGGUCUAAAGACGCAUCAGACGACAACGCAGCAAGAACCUCAGGCUCUGGGAACACAAACACGUUUACUACGAUCAACAAUAGUAAAGUUCGAUGAUGUUGAUACACCACCAGACGUCAAUACACGCACCGCGGGGUUCAGUGGCAAAGUCCGGGCUUGCCUAGACUUCCAGCAGAUUACUGACAAAGAUGCUUCAGCAGGCACCGUUACAGCAACCUCGGGUUGUGCUGGUACUAUCAACCCGCCUGAAGUCAAUGCUACAAUCUCGGGUCCUGGAAAUGCAGAUACACCUUCAGUUGCUGUUUCUGAAGGCUCGGGCGACGACGGCAAUGAGCCGGGCUUCGGUGCAUUACGAGUCCACUACAGAGGGGAUGAUAUCGGCUUCGCCGGUACUGCUGCCUCAUCGCCUAUUGAGACGGUUGUGUCGUGUCCCAGAACUGUCACAGGGUUGUCUUCUGACAACACAACUGAUUCGUGUGAGGCGCGUGAUUUCAGGCACAUUCCAGCAGAAUCAUCGUCUGACAAUGCAUCCAACUCCUCUACCGGUAUUCACACUCAGGCAUCUCCUGACACUCCAAACGGCUCGUGUACUGCCAAGGUGGCUCAUCUAUCUCCUGUUAGAGUGGCUGUGUUGUCCACUGCCAACACGUCAAAGGACAAGAGGAGGUUGAGACCAAACUUCAAUCUCGAGAGCAACGUGAACCGCGCUUUGGACGAUAUCAGCAAUGCUGAAAACCAAGUGUCAGACGCCAAGGCAAGCGUAGAUGCUUAG